AUGGCUACGAAGGAUGAGGCUGGCUGCCUCAACUGGAUUACGCUGCGAGUCGCUGAACAUCACAGAUAUGUUUCAGUUGCCACUUCUCUUAUUCUCGGCGGUGUUUACCGCCCUUUGCUUCUUCCUAUGGUAAAGCGAACACUCUUUGUAUUUCUCCUCGAACGGAAGGGUCCUCGAUCAGAGGGCACAACAGGAAAAGAGGCGCCUUGCAGUGAAACAGAACGGGCCGCUAAGCGCGAGCGGGUAAGGAAAGAGACUAAGAACCCGGCUUCUAAAAAGGAGCUUGCAAAACGGGAUUCUAUAGCCACCCGGACAUGUCAAAAAGCGGUUGAGGAAACGGUUUCGGAAAUGGGUAGCACACCCAGAGUUGCUGCGGUAGCUCUUCCGGUUGAAAGUCCCCCUCGCCUGUCAACACCACACUCUGUGUGCAGUACCCAGGUAACCGCUAGCUCUGGGAAAUCGCUUUUGGGCGACAAGUUGUUAGCAUUUCAAGCGUUAGUUGCUCGAAGACCUGAGUUUGGGACGAUGCGUCGUUCUGAGCUCAAUGAAGGUCAGAAGGUGUACAACCGUGAGACUUGCUGCUGUGGCUUCAGAUUCGGGGAAGAUGGACUGCCUGUGGCCAUUUCCACCCAAAACCACCUGGCAGGACAGCCAGUUCUGGUGGGAUCUGAGUGGUUCAAUGAACCCAGAAAGCCUGGCCACUAUACCAUCAACAACUUGAUACUGUAGAUAACUGAGAAUUCAUUCACAGAGAUGCUGACCCGCUAGUCAAACACAACGUCAGCUAAGAUAACGUAUUUCGGGGGCAUUCUUGGUUUAAUUAUCGAGAUGUAAGUCCCUGUCCCUUAUUCACCCCGGUACGCCGAGCAGCCAACUUGAUCUCUCCACGCUCCAUUUUCCCGUCGUACACGGUGUCACACCCGAGUACUUGUGUCAUCCACAGCACACGUCCAGGACCAACCUAUCACGAACCGUACGGCAAUGGACCCGCGGAUUGGAAGGUUCGCGCAUCUAAAACGGCCGGCGGGAACGGCGGACUGACAGAGGUCACCCCUCUGUCAGGGCAUUUGCGGAACCGGAGACGCGGCGGGGGACAUGGGUGUCCCCCUU